UUACGUGGCCUUGUCCCAGCGUACCACAACAAGGAGUUACUGUUUGGGAAGUGGGUGCGGAGCUUUUUUGCCCUGCCCCUUCUUCCCAGUCACAUGAUUGAAGAGGGCUUCGUCUUGCUGAAAAGCAGUAGGCCCCAGGUGUGGGGUAGUGCUCAUCGCACCAACAACGGUGCAGAAAGCUUUCAUGCUUCUCUCAACAGAGAACUCAGGCCUAAACCUGGGUUUUGGGCCUUUAUGAAGAAAAUGGAAGAGAAGAUCAGUCGCACCCUGACAGAUCUGGAACGUGUGAAGAAUGGGGUACCAGUCACCAGGCCAAAAACUGUCAGCGAAACACAGAGAAGGAUUGCGGAGACAAGCGCAAAACUUGAAACCGGCCAGCUCACUGUUGAGCUGAAGUAUGUGGGCUGGAAGGGUGUCAAGGAGAAGCAAGGCAACAAUGUCCAGGCUGAGGUUAACUUGCCUGAGGCUGAUCUUGCUGAUGGUGAUCUUGAUGUCGACCUGCAAGACAUAAACGUCGACCUGUUGGAUGUCAGUCUCCAGGACAUCAACGCAGAACAUCAUUUGCAGGACAUGCCUGCAGACAGUCCUCCAAGGACAAUGCCAACCUACACUCUGCCAAUGACAAGGUCUGCCUCAACAACAGGUUCUUCUACAACCAGGACAACGUCAUCACAGCCAACUGCACCAACAUUGGCAAACUACACUUCCCCCAGGGCAAGGUCUGCCUCCGCUCAACAGCCUUCAGGAACUGACAGGCCACCAAGGAGGGGGCGCGCGGCAAGAUCUACAGCUGCAGGAAGUCCCUACAGACCACCAGUGACGCUGUCAGCAGCUAGGACAGAGACCAGCCUUCGCAUUCAGGCUGACCAGGAGGUUGUUGCCCAGGAGGAGGAUGCUCCGGUGGUUGCUGCACAGGAGGUUGCUGGCCAGGAAGCUGCUGCUAAGAAAAAAAUCAAGCGUUGUGCUGUCUGCUUGCAGGAGAACAUCUCGGUCACACGGCCGUGUGGCCAUGGGGACAUAUGUAAGGAGUGUGCUCAGAAAGUUUAGACCAAGAACUGCCACCUGUGUGUGUAAGGCUGAAAUUUUUACU